CUUUCUCUAUCCUAGGUAGCUUUUUAUAAAUUCGACCUUUCCCCAUUCCACUUUUCUAUUCUCAUAUCUCAUAUCUACACAGACAUUUUCAUUCCAUCAAAACAUCUGCUUUUUCCCCUCAAAAAAACCAUCAUGUACUCAUCUGACCCCAAGUCAACUUACGAGAAGUACACCACCCCGCCGCCGCCGGCGUUCGCGCCCCAGACGUUCGCGCCCCCGGCUGCUGACUACCCGACGACCGGCAUCCCAAUGAGCUCCUCCAACCAAUACUACAGCGACAGCUACGGCUCCCAGCUGCCGCCACACCCGGGCCCACUUCCCCUCCGGCCGCGUGUUCCGGUCCCCUGGUCGACCGGCCUCUUCGACUGCUUCUCGGACGUCAAAAACUGCUGCGUAACUUUCUGGUGUCCUUGCGUUACCUUUGGCCAAAUUGCUGAGAUCGUAGACAAAGGAUCCACAUCUUGUGGAGCGAGUGGGGCGCUGUACACGCUGAUAGCGUGCGUGACGGGAUUCGCGUGCUGCUACUCGUGUUUUUACAGGUCGAAGAUGAGGCAGCAACACGCUCUGCAGGAGAGUCCCUGCGGUGAUUGCUUGGUCCACUGCUUCUGUGAGUCCUGCGCCUUGUGCCAAGAGUACCGCGAGCUCCAGAACAAGGGAUUCAACAUGCAAAUUGGGUGGCAUGGAAACGUGGAGGAAAAGAACCGCGGAAUUGCAAUGCCUCCGGUCGUGGAAGGAGGCAUGACUCGUUAAUUGUGUGAAAUGUGAAUCAAUAAGAAAGAGAUCAAGAUCUUAUGCUAUAUGUUUGAUUAUGCUAUUGUUAGUCUGCUUGUAAUUGUAUUGAAGGGUAUAAAACAUAACAUAUA